GGGAGCGGCGCGUGCGCACUGCGCGUCCCCUCGCCGGCAGGCCCACAGUCACUUCCUGCCCCCGUGCCCAUCCGGCUCCGGGGUCAGCGGCCGCCGCUGUGGCGGGACAGCGGGGAGUGAAGUUUCGCUCGGGGCGGGGGAAGCUGGCCGUCCGCUUCCAGCAGAAACGAGCUGCUGGAUGUAGAAGGAAAGUAGUUCGUGCACACGGAAAAUGCCUCUGAGGGACAAGUGUUGUCAGACUGACCACCAUCACCAUGGAUGCUGUGAACCAGUGCACCUGUUGGAACCUGGUGAUCCUCCGUUAUUGCAGCAGCCUCUGCAGACAUCAAAAUCUGGUAUUCAGCAAAUUAUUGAGUGUUUUCGAUCAGGAACUAAACAACUUAAACAUAUCUUGUUAAAAGAUGUGGACACUAUUUUUGAGUGUAAAUUGUGCCGGAGUCUCUUCAGAGGAUUACCAAAUUUAAUUACUCAUAAAAAGUUUUAUUGCCCUCCAAGUCUCCACAUGGAUGACAACCUCCCAGAUAUAAAUGACAAACAGAGUCAAGCCAUAAGUGACCUCCUGGAAGCAAUCUAUCCAAGGGUAGAUAAGCAAGAAUAUAUAAUUAAAUUGGAACCUAUAGAAAGUAAUCAAAAUGCUGUAUUUCAAUAUGUAUCGAGGACUGAUGGCCCAGAUGAGAAUGUAGAAAGCAGUAGUACCCCUGAUCAAGCUCCAGUACAGAUACAGGAACCCAGCACUGAGCAACCCAAGACUGUUUCAGCUCCAGCCCCAAACCCAGCCCCAGCUGGGGAGACUGUAGAAUUACCUCCAGCUGAUCCUGUUACAAACAAAGGGAUACCUACUCCUGAAGAACAGCCUCCAGCAGUAAAUCCUGAGGUGGACUCUCUGGAUAAUUCUGAUUUUGGCCACCAGUUGAUAUGUUGCCUUUGUAGGAAAGAAUUUCAUUCCAGACGGAGUGUACGCCGGCACAUUCGAAAAGUGCACAAAAAAAAGAUGGAAGAGCUAAAGAAGUACAUAGAAACAAAAAAGAAACCAAAUCAGUCCUCUGUGAAAGGACGAAACAAGAAUGUCCUUGUAACAUUAGGUAGAAGUUGUCCUGUGUGUUAUAAAUCUUUUGCUACAAAAGCCAACGUAAGGAGGCAUUUUGAUGAAGUUCAUAGAGGAUUAAGAAGGGAUUCCAUUACUCCUGAUAUUGCUACAAAGCCUGGGCAACCUUUGUUCUUGGAUACAGUUUCUGCUAAAAAAUCUUUUAAGACCCGAAAACAAAAGUCGUCUUCAAAGGCUGAAUACAACUUAACUGCAUGCAAAUGCCUUCUGUGCAAGCGAAAAUAUAGUUCACAAAUAAUGCUGAAAAGGCACAUGCAAAUUGUUCACAAGAUAAUUCUUUCUGGAAAGAACUCUAAAAGAGAGAAAGGACCCAACAAUACUGCCAACGGCACAGAAAUAAAAGUAAAAGUUGAACCAGCAGAUUCUGUAGAACCUUCACUCCCUUCCAUUGCCCUUUCUCCUCAGAAUGAAUUAAAGGGAACAAAUAAUUCAAAUGAGAAAAAAAGCACACCGUCAGCACAGAAAAAUAAAGUUAAACAGGACCCUGAAAACCCUAAAUCAACUUCUAAAUCAACCACUAAAUCAACCUGUAAAUCAACUGCUAAAUCAACCUCUAAAUCAACCAAUGCAUCUGCUGCAGGUGGCCAGCAAAAAACCAGGAAGCCAAAACUUUCAGCUGGCUUUGACUUCAAGCAGCUUUACUGUAAGCUCUGUAAACGCCAAUUUACUUCUAAACAGAACUUGACAAAACACAUUGAAUUACACACAGAUGGAAAUAAUAUUUAUGUUAAAUACUACAGGUGUCCACUCUGCUCGUACGAAACACGUCGCAAGCGUGAUGUGAUAAGGCACAUAACUGUAGUUCAUAAAAAGUCACCACGCUACCUUGGGAAAAUAACUGCAAGUUUAGAAAUUAGAGCAAUAAAAAAGCCAAUUGAUCUUGUUCUAAAUAAGGUGACAAAAAGAGGCCCUCAGAGGGAUGAAACAAAACAGAUUUGUUCAAAACAGGAUGUCACCUCUAACUCUCCCGGUAAAAAGUACGAAGGAGCUGAUGUUGGCAUUGAAGUAAAAGUAACAAAAAACUUUUCUCUGCACCGAUGCAAUAAAUGUGGGAAAGCAUUUGCCAGAAAAGCUUUUCUAGAACAUCAUAAGAAAACUCACAAAGCAAAUGUAUCUCACUCAACUGAAGAAAAUAAAACCAAAGGCAGAAGUACAAGAUCUAAAGCUGUUGUCUGGUGAGGAAAAAAAGUGUUUUGUUUAUUAUUUUUCUUUAAAAGAAAACAAAACAAAACAAAACCACUGCCUUUCUUUUGCUGUUGUUGAUUUAUUGCCGAAAUCAUUUUAUGGUUUAGUGGCUUAAAUACUAAGGUAGAUGUCAAAUUUAUUUCUUACAUGUUUUUAGUGUUUUGGAAAAGAGUUAAUUUCUAAAUUUGUCAUUGUAGGAAGUUGGAAUAGAAGAUAGAUUAGAUUGUAUUGAGUCAAUUCUUUAAAUUGUCUUAAGGCAUCUGUUGUAAUCAAGCUAAUAUAUGUUGAAAAUAGUAAAUUUUUAAAAUUAACAUUACUUUUGUUUGGUUUGAAUAACUUCACCUGUUAGUUAACUUCUCAGUGACACAGUUGAAGAAGUACUAGAGGAGGUGCAACAGUAAAAGCUGUUGACAGAAAAAAAUCUCUCUGUACUUGUUGGAAUUGUCAUUUGUGCUUCAUUUUUUUUUUUUUUUUCAAUUUUAAUGUAUAUUGGCUAUGUGCUGUCAACAAAAAGGGAACAGGUUUUUGGAAUGUAAUUCAGAUGCUUAAUUGCUUUGGUGCAAAAUCAGUAUGAGUUAGGUGCCUACGAAUGCAUUUUAAAUCAUCAAAUUUAGAAUUUGAUUCUUUUAAUGCUUAUUCAUAUAAGCACAGGUUUGGAAACUUCUGAUCAUUUUAUUUUUUGAAGUGUUCAAGUCUUAUCAAGAUUUUUUUUUUAAGCCUAAAUACGUGUAGAAGUCUGUCCAAGAAUUUUCUGAACUUCUUAUAUGGUACUCUGGGAACUUUUUGGCACUUGGAAGGGUUGUGUUUGUAGCUUCUCAGUUUUCCAUAGCCUUCAUGUUAAAGAUGGCGUAUUCUUAAAAGGACCUCUUUGAAAAAAAAGGAAAUAAGUUAUGUAUGUGGUCAGUUUGUAUUUCACGGUGGCUGAUGCGUGAAAGUUGGCGAAUUGUACAAAAAAUUAUAGUGAAGAGAGACAGUAGAAAUACCUGUAAAAGUUUUUUAACAUCCUUAUUCAGAACUACCUUUCUAGCAUAUUUGGUGAAAAGAAAGCCAAGUAUAUGUGCCUUGUCCUGUAUUUCAACUCUGAAAUAACUACUUCCCAGGAGGUGUUCAGCUUUUAUAGUGACUUGCCAGCCAGCUAUGUUAAAUUGUAAUCUGGUGCUUUUGUGACUUUGUAACAAAUCCUGGCUAAGUGGAACAGAACUUCAGAAAUACACUCAGCUGGACCCUGAAUUACGCUGUAUUUGAGAGGAGGAGUGGCUUCUGCAUUUUGAUCAUGAAUUAAAAGUUUAGCCUUAUACAUUAUUUAUGUCAUGUAAUUUAAGACAGAAAAUUCUAUCUGUAAACUCAAAACAUUAGUUUAUUUGCAUUUCUCCUCAAAUAGGUUCAGGUGAUGUUCAGAAAGUUUGAAGUCCAUUUGAAUGAAAAACUCUUAAGUUUGUUGUUGGAACUGCUAAUACGCUGAUAAUGUUACUAUAAGGAGGAAAUAUUUUCAUAAGCUGUUGUUUUCUUACUGUAUUAAUAACCAUUCUGACUGUUCCUUGGACAGUGCCUCUUCCCGAGCACUGAAGUAGUUGAAAUGCACAUGUGCUUCUAAAUUAGCAGUUAUCUCAAUGCAGUUGAGGUUUGACAGUAUAGAGCAAACUUUCUGAAAUGAAGAAAGUACAGAGGCAAGUUAAUGAACAGCAGCUUUGGAAGAAGAAUUUUGUUCCUCAUUUAGGAAAUAACCUUCAGAGAGCUCAUCGUGCAUAGUGGUCCUCCCUAGUAGUGCUGAUUGAACAGCUUUAGCUUUUUUGUGAUAUCUGACUUUGGCAAAUAUUGUGUUAUAUACUGUUUUAAAUUUAUUACAAAUGAAUGUAUAAGAGCAAACAACGUAGUGUAUAUUGGCUGAAUUGUACUAAUUUUUAGUAUUUGCCAUAACAUCCAUUUGUUCAGUUUGACUGAUUUCCCUGUUCUGGGACAUUGUGAAUUUCGCUGUACUGAAGUUGCUGCAAAGAUCUCCAUUUUGUUUCCAUAUGUGGUUCAUAGGAAAACGUUGUAAACAUCUGGGAAUUUUACAAGCAUAUCCACAUUCCUCUAUUCUUUACUUUUUUUAAGAAAAGAUACACAAGCACUUUAAUGAUAGUUGCAGUUUAUUUUUUCAGUUUAUUUUUUGAAAGAUCAACACACUAAUGUUAAUAUGAAGGUAGUGAAUAUUUGCUGAUGUAUUAUAGACAAUCUGUGCACAACCACUCAUAAUGUUAGCUUAUUUCAUUAAAUAUUAAUAAAAAGGGAGGAUAGUAUGGGAGAAACUCAGAACAUUUUUUUGUUUGGAGAUCAUGAAUGACCACUAAUGGGUAGCACUUGACUUUGUAUAAUUUGGAAAAUGUUUUAGAUACCUUUUUUUAACCUUUUAAUCAAGAUUGUAGUAAAGCAGCCGCAUGCCUGCCAUUAUGAAAUUCUUGGCAGGUUUCAUGCAUCAGUGGUUUGGGGUUUUUUUGUUUUGUUUUUUACUUUUUAGAAAAUGUUUAGUGAUUUGUGUCAAAUUGCUACAAUUUGAAAGGUAUUGUGCAUCAGAAGAAAUACCAUGUUUUUUAUGUGGGUUCACUCCCUUACUUAGGGAGGUGCCUUGUGUUCAUAUAUACUUUUUGUAUAAAAUAUAUCUAAAAAUGUUGAUCACAAGAUCAGGAAUAAAAAUACUUAUAUGGAUAGAGAAAUAUUUGGCCCUGUUAGUGCAUUGCACUAAAAAUACUGUGAAUGGGAACCGGACUGUAACUGUUGCUCAAGAUGUUUUAUAUUGAAUGUACAUUCUUUUGUUUGGAUAAAUGUACUGUAUUUGAUGGAAAAUAAAGCAGACUGGAAAUCACUUUGAAGUAUGCAUAAACAAAAAGAUGUCGUGUUUGUAAACCUGGAAUAUCUAGCACUCCACAACUGGAAAUUACAGUGUUUGAAUUUUUGUAAAGUUUUACUCUUUGAUCACUGAAACUCGUUGAUUGUAAUAUUCUCUUGUAAUAAAUGUGUGGGGUUUUGUUAUUAAAACUUUGGCACUUGUGGAGUGAACACUUUCUCCACAUUGAUGGUUGACACUGCUGUAUUUUUAGAAAACAUUGUUGAUGCUGGCUUGUUCCUUGUAAACAAAGCUCUUCCUUAACCAAGCUUUUUUAUAUUACCCUUUUAAAAUGAAAGUUAAUAUUAAUAUUGAAGGAGAUGGGAUAUGCUGGGCUUUUAAUAAGAAAAUAGGAUUACCUAGUUUUGCACUGAAUUUGCAUUGGUGGCCAACUAAUGUUACUUCUUUUUAUAGCUGAAAUAGAAGACAAGAACUGC